AUGACAAUGUUUUUGUUCAUUUUCGGUCAUGUGUUGCAACCAGCCCUCGAGCUCCUCGUCGACGACUGUGGAGGCUCGUGGCGCCGACGUGGCAGCCCAUUUUGCCCAAACUGGAGGGCGAGCCCCGGUCUCCGCUGCCCGCAGACGCUCCCCCGGAGCUGUAUUACUGCUGUGACUAACAGUACCGUUGUUCCCGGUGGUAGCAGGCGACGCCAGCAGGUCGUUGAUCUCCUCGUUGUACACCCCCACGAUCUGCACAGACACUUGGAACUCGUAGAUGUGCUGCUGCUGCGCCACCCAGCUGUAGAUGAGCUCAGCCGCGCGGUAGACCAACCCGCGGUCGCCGUCCGCGCCCUGCAUGCACUGCCUUCCGUUCGCGCAGAUGCUGAAGAGCGAGGCACCAGCGCGCGCGAGCCGUCGAUGGCUUCAUCUCGUCCCGCUCUCUCGGAGAUUGUCCUGGAUCUCCACUGCGCUCAUCAACAGCUCCGACGGCACCAAGUCAACUGGAAACAACCCAAAAGUGUCACGAGUCGGCAGUUCAAACUGCGCCCGAUAAUGCUGCAGUACAAAGGCCACCAAGGCCAGAUUGCCCGUUGCACAAGCGCGAUGGCAGGCCGACCAGCCUGCCGAGUUGCUCGUGGCGCUGGUAACGGCAUCUUCCUCCCCCUCAUCCGCGCUGUAAACUUGGCUGGAGGCUGUGGAGCUCCAGGCCUCCGGACGCACGUGCAGCAGCAGCUCGAGUGCGAUCUGCAGCUGCUGCAGGUGCUGGCCGGACUCGAGCUCCGAGGCCACGAACAUGUGCACCGCCUCCUCGACCUGCAGCUCCGCGUCCUUGUUCUUGGCGUCCGCCUCGUGGUCGUGCAGCAGCAACUUCAGCUGCUAGAUGUCGCCGUCCUCCACGCAGUCCACCAGCUCCGUCGAUGUGGCGGCGCCCAUGGUGAGCCUCGAGCCGCAGGACUUGACUGGCAAUGCGCACCAAAGGUCGCGUAUUGUGAGGAAACUCCAAAACCCGCAUACUUCCUCCGGGCGUAA